AUGUUGAAAAUUGUUUUGUUAGGAGAUGGUGGUGUUGGCAAAAGUUCUCUCAUGAAUGUCUAUGUCACGGAACGUUUUGAUCCUAAUUCAUCUCAUACCAUAGGCGUUGAGUUUCUUAAAAAGGAAAUCACCACCCUUAAUCGAUCUGAACCAACUGUUUUGCAAAUUUGGGACACAGCCGGUCAGGAAAGGUUCAAAAGUUUACGAACACCAUUUUACAGAGGAUCAGAUGCUUGUUUGCUGACAUUCGCUGUCGAUGAUGAUCAGAGUUUCAAAAAUCUUUCCAUUUGGCAGGAAGAAUUUUGCAAAUAUUCCAAACUAUCCAACCGAAACUGCUUUCCUUUUAUAGUCAUUGGCAACAAAAUUGAUGUUCCCGAGUCAGAAAGAAAAGUGACCACACAACAAGCAGAGAGCUGGUGUAAGGAACAUAACAUGCCAUAUUUUGAAACAAGUGCUAAAGAUGUUAUAAACGUUGAUAAAGCAUUUACAAUGGCAGCAAGCAAGGCAAUAGAACUUGAGACAAACUUCAAUGGAACCAUUGCAAUGAAUGUACAGGGAAUCAAUUUGAAUUCCUCUCAGCGACAACAAAAAAAUGACAACAGUGGCUGUUGCUGA